AUGGCUUCAUUAACUGCAACUGGAUCAUCAUCAUAUCCAUGGAUCCACUCUUCUCCUUCUGCUUUAAAAUAUUCAAAAUACCAAUCCUGCCAUCCUCCUCCUUGCCGCGUGGUUUGCCAUGGAGGAAGAUCAGGACCUCCUCCUUCAGUAACAGCUGACUUCAAAUUUGCUUUGCAUGAUGCCUUGGAUUCUUCUGGAAUCGACACCACUCGUGCCAGAGAAGCAAGGCAAAAUUUCAUGAAACAAAUUGAAGGGUUAUCAACUAUUGAGAGGGAAGUCAGCAUUAGCAUUAAUAGACAAGUUGAUUUGGCGAAAACAGCUAUUUAUAUAUCAGCUGAGGACUUUGCUCUCAUGUCAGAGUCUUCACUUCCACUUCCUGUGGAUCCUUUUAUGGAAAAACUGUUUGACCUUACCAUGGAGUUCUGCAGAAACAACAAGGCUUUGAGGUUACCGCCAGAGGCUUUUUUGGAUAGCUUACACAAGUUUUUGUAUGUCAAGAAGACUGUGGAUUUAUGCGAUAUGGUUGUUUCUAAUCAGGGUUUCCUAAGGAACAAUGUGAGAAGUCGAUUGGAUCCGCAUCCUUUGUAUCUUCACUCUGUUCUGACAUAUCAGUCAGGUUCACCUUAUAUGCUUGCACUUAUAUACUCUGAAAUCCUGAAAUCGCUUCGAUUUUGGAGCCUUUUGGACUUUGAUUGUGAGAUUUUCUUCCCACACGACCGUUACAGUCUUCCGAGGGGCUAUCAUAAGCAGAAAAGUAUGGAGUCUGACCAUCCACACAUAUUGACAGUGCAAACUCUGUUAGAGCAGGAUUCUUCCUUACAAAAGCGAGCAUCCAAAAAAUUAAGCAUCUUGGAGGACGAUGCUGUGGAGAAAUUGAUGAUGCGCCUCAGCCUCAUUUCAAUGGAGGAAGGUAAUAUAGUUACUCACCCAAUGGCUCCAAUGGCUGCAAUUAUAUCAACAACACCACCACCAUCAAUACCAUCUUCUUCUUCAUCAUCUUCGAUAUUUACAAAAUACCAGUCCUGUCCUUCUCCUCCUCCUCCUCCCCGUGUGGUUUGCCGGGGAGGAUCCCAACCUCCUCCGUCAGCAACAACUGACUUCAAAUUCGCUUUGCAUGAUGCCUUGGAUUCUUCUGGAAUCAACACUUCUCAUGCCAGAGAGGCAAGGCAAAAUUUCAUGUCACAAAUUAAAAGAUUAUCAAGUAUAGAGAGGGAAAUCAGCAUUAGCAUUAAUAGACGUGUUGAUUUGGGGAAAACGGCACUUUAUAUAGCAGCUGAGGAUGAUUCUCUUAUAUCACACUCCUCGGUCGCUCUCCCAGUGGAUGCUUUCAUCGAACGACUGGAUGAUCUUUCCAUGGGAUUCUGCACUAAUAAUAGCUCUGCGUUUAAGUCGUCACCAGAGAAGCUUCUGGGUAGUUUGGAGAAGUUUUUGUAUGUCAAGAAGGGUUUCAGAAGGAGCAUUAUGAAAAGUCAAUUGGAGCCACGAGCUCUGUAUCUUCACUCUGUUUUGACACAUCGAUCAGGUUCAGCUGUCAUGCUUGCACUUAUCUACUCGGAAAUCCUUAAAAUGCUUCGGUUAUGGAGCCUUUUGGAUUUUGAUUGUGAGAUUUUCUUUCCACAUGACAAUCAUGGUCUUCCAAGAGGCUAUCAUAAGCAGAAAAGUAAGGAGUCUGAUCAUCCACACAUAAUGACAUCGCUUACUUUGUUGGAGGAGAUUUUGAGAAACUUAAAGGAGGCUUUCUGGCCAUUUCAACAUGAUCAGACCAAGAGUUUAUUCUUAAGGGCAGCAAAUGCAGCCAAUUGUAUUGAUAUAUCAAAAACUUUUGAAGAAAGUGGUGCUCAGCUUGCAUCUGCAAAGGCUGCUCAACAUAGGCUAGACCGUGGUAUUUGGACCAGUGUACACUUUGGGGACAUGAGGCGUGCAUUAUCUGCUUGUGAGCGUUUAAUACUCCUUGAAUCUGAUCCUAAGGAACUAAGAGAUUACAGCGUUCUUUUAUACCAUUGUGGAUUAUAUGAGCAAUCACUGCAGUAUCUGAAGCUGUAUCGAGAGAAGAUGGGCCCUUCCAUACAAAAGCAAGCAUCUGAUAAAUUAAGCAGCUUGGAGGAAGGUGCUGUGGAGAAACUGAUGAUACGCCUUAACCUCAUUUCAAUGGAGGAAGGUUGGAGCAAGCCCUCAUAUGUUAGAAAUUUUCUUGGAAAUAACUCGGAACCAUGGUAG